CGUCACUUCUCGCAUCACACCACAAGCUUCAAGCCUCCAAGUCAAGCACAAACAAGACAUCAACAUGGACUCCACCAAUACCAGUAACGCCGACGACAUCGUCAAGGUGGCCGCACUCAUUUGCCUGGUGGUCUUCACCACCGUCAUCAUCAGGUACCAAGCAGGUGCCAACACUCCUGCGAGUCCGUCAACACUCGCAGCUCGACUCUGGGAGCGCGGUGCUUCUGCUUCCAUGGCUGAGGGCGACGGUGGUGCUGCUCCUGGCAAUGUAGUUUUGUUUGGCGGUGAUGAUGUAUCUAGUUCCGUAGCUGACAAAGUGUACCUCUACCGGUCUGCUGCCCAGGGCCAGGCUGCUCCUGCUCCGUUGAGAUUCUCCUUGAGGUCCCGUGGCUGCAGUGGGUUCCCCGCCUUCCAUUUGUUUCACGGUUGGAAGGCUGGUGAGCGGGAGUUAGGGCUAGUAACCCCAGACGUGACCUCUUGGUCUGCCGAGGGGAAUCUGGCUUGCUGCCCUGGUUUCCGUUUCUCCUCUUCCGUUAGACAACUCCAGAAUCAAGCCCUGUUCGUUGUCGCCUCUUCCAGCCUCCAACAGCAGCAAGUUCAAGCUCAAAGGGAGGCAUCGGAGCCAAUGUCGGUGAUGAACGAGCCCAUCACUCCCGAGGCUACCUUCCGGAGAACAUUGCGCCUGGGCCUAUUGCAAAUGUUCACCCAACUCACACUGCUUGUCAUCCGUUUGAUGAGCCAGCACUGUCAUCCCACAUCUGAGGUGCGAGUGUUCACGGACUCGCAGGAGUUGUGGCACCGGAUUGCACACGCCAUCACUGGUUGGAUUGCUAUCGACCACAAGUUGUUCAUAGACCCAAUGAAGACACCAAUCCAGCGUUGGCCCGCUUCUGACUCCGGAUCAGUGGUGGAUCACAGUCAUUUGGACUGCAAGGACAACAGUCGGCUUCUGCAGAUGCAAGGAAACGAUCUUGCAUGGAAUCCACAUGUACAUAGCCAUAGCCAUAGAAGCACGCGUGUAAAUCAAUCCCUCAUCACGCUACACAAUCUCCUCCAUGUUCGCUACCGCCUUCACUUGAGCUAUCAUCCGUGCUUCCUGGCACUCGUCUACUGUCCCUCUUCGAAACAGCUGUGGCAUUCUUUCCCUCGUGGUCAUACCUCUGCCUUUCGUCUCGUGCAUGCAAACUCCAUGGAAGUCCACUUGUCCGAGUUUUGA